AUGAGUAGAAGAAGAAACGGUUGACGCAGGUGUUUACGUUUUCCUUCUUCCGCAGCUGCCUAAAGCGGACUAAAAUUUACCAAUCUGACGUUAAAUCCAAACUUUAAGGAGAAACUCGCGGUCAUGUUUCUUAUUUUUAACUUAAGUAUUAGAGGUGCUUAGCAGAUCAAUAUGCUUAAGGUCGUUUGCCGUCCACUAUAGGCGCUGUAUCGUGAGUUUUCCUCAUCAUUUAUCGCAAGCAAAGCUAAAGCUAAAUCUAGCAGUGCGUUAGCAGCGGCUCAGCGGCUCAGCGGCUGUGGACCAAAUUUAAUAAAUCAUCUCCUGAUCCGCACUUUGUCCAGAGUUAACUUAGAUAUCAAGCAAGGCAGUCAUGGCCACUAGGCGUCUGACCGAUGCCUUCUUGUUAAUGCGGAACAAUGCAAUCCAAAACCGGCAGAUAUUGGCUGAGCAAGUGAGUACAUACGACCCCCGUCUGAGUACACGUAGCAAUGCUGCGGAGCUUGAUGAGUUGGCUGAUGAUCGAAUGGCCCUGGUGUCAGGACUUAGUCUGGACCCUGAAGCUGCCAUUGGAGUCACCAAGAAACUGCCCCCCAAAUGGAUAGAAGGAGUUGAUGAGAUCCAAUAUGAAAUCACACGGGUUCGGCAGAAGAUGAAGGAACUGGCCUUACUUCAUGACAAACAUAUGAAUCGCCCCACACUGGACGACAGUAGUGAAGAGGAACAUGCCAUAGAAAUCACUACACAGGAGAUCACACAGAUGUUUCACCGAUGCCAGCGAGCUGUGACAGGUUUGCAGUCUCGUUGUGGUCACUGCACCGAGCAGGAGGAGAGACUGUUGAGAAACGUGGUGUCAUCUCUGGCACAGAGUCUGCAGGACCUAUCCAUCAAUUUCAGGCACACACAGUCCAGCUACCUUAAACGUAUGAAGAAUCGUGAGGAGAGAUCAAAGCACUUUUUUGACUCAGGACCUUUAAUGGAGGAGGAUGAAGAUUUAGCACUAUAUGACAAGGGGUUCACAGAUGACCAGCUGAUGCUGGUGGAGCAGAACACAGUUAUGGUUGAAGAACGAGAGCGGGAGAUCCGACAAAUAGUGCAGUCCAUCUCAGAUCUGAAUGAGAUUUUCCGGGACUUAGCUGGAAUGGUGGUUGAACAGGGCACUGUUCUUGACCGAAUCGACUUCAAUGUGGAGCAGGCUUGUGUUAAAACGGAAGAUGGAUUGAAACAGUUACAAAAGGCAGAACAGUAUCAGAAGAAAAACAGAAAGAUGCUGGUCAUUUUGAUUCUGUUUGUCAUAGUGAUUGUUCUAAUUAUUAUUCUUUUUGGAACAAAGUUUUAGUCAUGCAUUCCUCUGGCUUUUGUUUUCUGUGUGGGCAUUUGUUGUGCAUCUGUGUGGACUUGGACUUGGUCUUGGUUCUACUCAAAACAAAGCUGAAUGCCUUUCAUACCCACCAGGAAACGACAAGAAGAAUUCCAUGUUUCUUUGCGGGUGCACUUUGGGCUAUGUGGAGAUAUUUUAUGGUCCAUUUUAAUGAAAGAAACAAUCUACAGUCUGUUUGAGCCGUGGCUAUUUUAUCAAGUGACUUGCAUCCAAAUCACUCCAAGACUCUUUGACGGAGGUAUGUCAAACCAAACCAUGUUGACAUAUCUGUCUUAACAAAAAAGAAAAAAAAGAAAAAAACUUUGGUGUAUAAAAAUGGACUGCCGGUGUUAAAUUGCUAAGGCAGAGUGUUCUCUGCUUGAACUCUAAGCACGAGUUGUGACAUUUGUUGUGUGAAGAUGCGUCAUUUCUGUUCAAUAUCAUUGCAAACAUUUUGUUUCCGUGAAUGAGAUGUGACAAGAACGAAUGUUUGUGAAAGAGAAAAAUCAUUUUCAUCUCAACAUUACAUGUAUGUACUGGCUCAGUAUUUUACCCUACCUUUAUAUAUAAGGGCAGAUAUGAUUCAUCCAUUCAGUACCAAAAAUAUUCCUUCGGUUUAAGGACCACCAGUUUUUUGUAUCCCUUUUCACCCUAAUUUAAUAAUAAUACUGAGGUCCUUUUUACUCCACUGUUGGCCUGAGGAGGGUGUAGACAGCCAUGAGCAUCCUCCAAUUCAUCCUAUAAGUUUAAGAUCAUACCGGUGUCACAUCUGCUGUACUUAGUGUUAAAUGCUCAUUUUUAAAACACUUGAUUGUUUUGUUUUCCAUGGUCCUUGCAUUAAGUGCUACCUUCUUAAAACUCUUGCAGUUUGCACAUAUUGAGGCCU